GAGAUAAAACUACAUUUUUUAUAUGCAUAAUUAUAAAUUGCUGCCAAAAGUUUUAUUCAAUGGGAGUGCAGGAAAAUGGGAACAAGAAGAAGUACGAGAGAAUGGGAUCAGAUGCAGCAGAGGAGGAAAUAGUGCUGACAAAUAAUCUGCAACACAAAAAGGCAAAAGAAGAGGGUGUUAUUGUUGAUAAUAUUAGUGAUAAUACGAGGAAAUAUGUUUUUGCUUGUGCCAUUUUUGCCUCUCUCAAUUCCGUGCUCCUUGGCUAUGAUGUGGGUGUUAUGAGUGGAGCAAUCAUAUUCAUUCAGGAGGAUUUGAAGAUAUCAGAGAUACAAGAGGAAGUUCUUGUGGGAAUUUUAAGCAUAGUUUCGCUUUUGGGUAGUUUGGCUGGAGGAAAAACAUCAGAUGCCAUUGGUAGAAAAUGGACAAUGGCCCUCGCGGCUAUUGUUUUUCAAUCAGGUGCAGCUAUAAUGUCUCUGGCACCUUCUUUUCAAAUAUUGAUGAUAGGGAGACUCUUGUCUGGGAUUGGGAUAGGUUUUGGAGUCAUGAUUGCACCUGUAUACAUUGCUGAGAUAUCACCCUCCAUUGCCAGAGGAUCUCUUACUUCCUUUCCUGAGAUCUUCGUGAACCUAGGAAUUCUUCUUGGAUACAUCUCAAACUAUGCGUUUUCGGGGUUGCCAGUACAUAUAAACUGGAGAAUCAUGCUUGGUGUGGGAAUCUUUCCAUCUGUCUUCAUUGGAUUUGCCUUGUUUGUAAUUCCUGAAUCCCCAAGGUGGCUGGCAAUGCAAAACAGAAUUGAAGAAGCAAGAUCAGUGCUUUCAAAGACAAAUGAUAACGAAAAGGAAGUGGAUGACAGAUUAGCAGAAAUACAACUAGCUGCAGGGAUUGCUAAUGCAGAGAAGUACAAAGCAAAAGCUGUAUGGCAAGAGAUAUUAAAUCCUACUCCCACAGUUAGGCGGAUGCUGAUUACCGGUUGUGGAAUUCAAUGUUUCCAACAGAUCACAGGUAUUGAUGCAACUGUGUAUUACAGUCCAACAAUUUUUAAAGAUGCUGGGAUAAAGGGAAACACUGAACUUCUUGCUGCAACAGUUGCUGUUGGGUUCACCAAAACCAUGUUCAUCUUGAUUGCAAUAUUUCUUAUUGACAAAUUAGGUAGAAAGCCUUUGCUUUAUGUGAGCACAAUAGGGAUGACAUUCAGCUUAUUCUGUUUGAGCUUCACUCUAACGUUUUUCGGGGAUGGACAAUUCGGGAUUGGAUUGGCAAUUCUAUUUGUUUGUGCAAAUGUAGCUUUCUUCUCAGUUGGAAUUGGCCCGAUAUGUUGGGUCUUAUCAUCCGAAAUAUUCCCUCUAAGGCUCCGAGCUCAAGCAUCUGGUCUUGGAGCAGUAGGUAGUAGGGUGAGUAGCGGGCUUAUUUGUAUGUCCUUCCUCUCUAUGUCUCGUGCGAUUACAGUCGGAGGAACCUUCUUUGUAUUUUUCAUGAUUUCAGCUUUAUCUGUUGCUUUCGUCCACACAUGUGUCCCGGAAACAAAAGGGAAAUCUUUGGAGCAAAUUGAAAUGCUUUUUCAGAACGAAGGAGAAUGGCAAGAAGGUGAGGUUGAAAUGGCAGAUGCAGAGCGGCUGGUGCAGCAGAAACUAUAAGUUGGAGGCAUUACGUCAUGCUACUUAAGCCACAAUUUCGCUUGCUCGUAAAUUUAAAACGAGUCCGUGCACAU